UCCCGGUCCCGGUGGAUGGAAAGCCAGCGGGCGGAGUGAAAGUGCACACGUGGAACGGCAGACACGCGAGACUGACGCGCGCGGCAGCCAAUGAGAUGACGGGCCAGUGACGACACCUCCCCUCUGUGGACCAAUGGGAGAGCUGCACUGGGAGGCGACAUCGGAGCGGCUGGGAGUCGGAAAGAUUUGGAUAACAAAUAAAUAAAUAAAAAGGAGGUCUGGAGGUCUGAAGGUUCUGACGGUUCUGGAGGUCUGGAGGUCUGGAGGCUGCCCGGAACCGAACCCGGACCCGGAGGACUCGGAUCUGCUGUUUACUUCAAGUCCCGCUGAGUUUAGAGGAAAUAUCUGGAUUGUGUCAUCAGAAAGAAGAUGCUUUGAUUUCAGGCUUAAUAUACUAAAGUACCACUAGUACUACCACUAGUACCACUAGUACUACUAGUACUACCACUAAUACUACCACUAGUACUACCACUAGUACUACCACUAAUACUACCACUAGUACUACUGAAGUUGUUCAUCUCCAGAGACAGACAUACCUCGUGCGACCCACAAUGGAUGAAAGGAAGCGCAGCAGAAAGAGAGAGUUUGCUUUUGAUCGUUUCUCUUUUUUUAAUCCCUUGAGGAUGAGCAGCAGCAGCUGAUGACACGCUUCACCUGCUAUGAUUAUGAUUAUAGGACAGUCAGUACAUAAACUAUGCAGUUAUUUAGUCAAAAGGAUCAUUUUAUUUGUUUCAGAGGACUUUUAUCACAUUUAUAUCUACCUAAUGGUUCAAAUAAAGGCGCUUAAUUUACGGAUUCAGAUUAAAGCACAAUAAUUAGAUUCUUCUUCUUUUAUUAUUAGAUAUUUACUGGACUAUGUUUUUUUAUUUAUAUAUUGUUAUUUAAAUAAAUGUAUAUAUAUUUAUCCGGAUUUAAAUUAAUAAUUAUUCAUGAAUUAAUUACAUUUUCUUUUUGAUCUAAAUAAUCCAACCGUGCAAUACUCUGUUACUGUAAGAUCUUUGUUUAUUUAUAUAUUUAACUAUAUUCAUAUUUUUGUAUUUAGAGACAUCUUUCUCUCGAUAAAUGUGUACGGAGGUCAGCACACACACACACACACACACACACGCACACGCACACGCACACACACACACGCACACGCACACGCACACACACACACUAUGACUCUUUAACUUAAUUUCUUCUUUUCUCUUCUCGUUUCUAAAAAGAAUUCACAUCUCUGCAACUUGUCUGAAUCGAUCUUGACGUAAAGUCCUUUUGACUUUACGUCUCAUGGGGUCAUCGGACCCUAUGAGACGGCAUAGAUCCUAUCUGCCUGAUGGAUCGUCUGGGUCGUGGAAUUCCUGCUCAUGACUACGCCACUGUCCUGUUGAGACUCCGCCCACUCCUCCUCCCCACCGCCAUCUGCCUGAUGGAUCGUGGAGGUCUCCAUCGUGGAAUAUGCCUACUAUGAACUAUUCAUACACUCUGUCAUAUUCAUUGAAUGUAUUUUAACUCUAAAUCUGUCCUUCUGUACACAUUACAUCUAUUGCAUCUGUCCAUCCUAGGAGAGGGAUCCUCCUCUGUUGCUCUCCUCCAGGUUUCUUCCCUUUUUUUCCCCCUGAAGGGUUAUUUGGGAGUUUUUCCUGGUCCGAUGUGAGGUUUUGGGGCAGGGAUGUCUAUGUGUACAGAUUGUAAAGCACUCCGAGACAAAUUUGUAAUUUGUGAAAUUGGGCUAUACAAAUAAACUGAAUUGAAUUGAAUUUAAAAUAAAAGCCCCCCCCCCCCCCCCGUAGGGCCCCGUGGCGUGAUGGGCAGCUUCCAGGGCCACGUGCUGCCCGGCAGCUUCUUCCUGCUGGCGGCCGUGUGGUGGGCGGGGAAGUGCUCGCUGUGGCGCGCCUCCCGCAGGAGCAAGAGCCUGGGCUCCACCCGGCUGGCCAGCAGAACCUCACAGCGCCGCCUGGAGGUGGCGGAGGGCGCCGUCGUUCUCUUCUUCUCCUUCGUGGGGAUGCUGGCGGAGCAGUUUGCUGCGGGCGGUCCGAGGCUCCGCCUCUACGACUCCUCCCACUGGGAGCAGCUGAUGAACUGGCAGCACGCCACCAUGUACCUGUUCUUCGGGCUGGCGGGCGCAGUGGCGCUGGUCGUCCACACCACGGAGGCCACGCCCCUCGCUCUGGACCGGCUGAUGCUGGCGGUGGCUUUCUUUAACGAGGGGUUCCUGUUCUUCUUCCACCUCCACGGCAGGAGCCCGCUGGACGUCCACGUGCACCACCUGCUGCUCUUCGCCAUCUUCGGCGCCGCCCUGGUGGCGUUCCUGGAGGUCUUCCACCGAGGGAACGCGGCCCUGGAGCUGCUGCGCUGCAGCCUGACCCUCCUGCAGGGCAGCUGGUUCUGGCAGAUCGGGUUCGUGCUGUACCCCCCCAGCGGCCCGGCGUGGGACCUGGAGGACCACGACAACGUGAUGUUCGUCACCAUGUGCUUCUCCUGGCACCUCGCCGUCGCCUUGCUGCUCGUGAGCGCCGUCUACUGGACCGUCAGCUGUGCGGUGCGCUCCAGACUGAGGAGGACGCCUCCCAUGGAAAUGGGUCUUCUGAAGUCCAGAGACCGGGAUCCAGAGUCAGAGGACGAGAUCUUAUGAAGAAGGACCACAUUGUGACUCAUGAAUACAUAUAGAUAGAUAUAUCUAUAUAGAUCUAUAGAUCUAUAUCACAAUUACAAUCAGGGAUGUUUGUGUAGGACGUGGACCCACCGGGGCGAGGAGACGUCUCCUGGACUCUUUCCUUGAUCAUCGUCUCACUGCCUUUUGAAUCUUAUAGCUUCAGCUCAUUGAUCUUCACUUUACUGGCCUCAUACCUUCAUAUCCUUUGUUUCUUUAUUUGUUACGGAUCGCAUGCUUGUCUUCUGACUCAGGUCCUGGUGGAACCAGCAUCUCAGGUCCUGAUUGAACCAGUAUCCAGAGCAUCUGGUUCUACUUGAAGGCAUGACUUUAAAGUUACUGCGGGGAACUUUUCACUGGUCCAGAACCAGGAGCAGACUGUCAGACCCUGGUGCUCAGAUACACGACCACUUUAGAACCAACUUUACCACUCUAGUCCACAGGGGGCGCCAUCUUUCCUAAAGGCACCCUGGUGUUUAGAGACACUACCACUCUAGUCAACAGGGGGCGCCAGAACCAACACUAGUUAAAGUUCCUCGUAGUAACUUUAAGUUUGUUAAGUGUCUUUUUUGUGUGAGAUGUCCACAUUGCCAAAAAUUCAAAAUGAAAUAAAACUGUUAAAAUGUUUAGAUUUUGCUAUUUUAAACUAUUAUUACAGAUAAUGUUGUGAUUGUUGACUGUUAUUUAAAUGGAAUUUUUUUAAACUGUAUUUAUUCAGCAUGGUUUCAUGUCUUCAGUGUUUAUAAAAACACUUUCAUAUCUUUAAAAAAGUUAUUUUCACAAUAUCUACAAACAUUUAGUGAGGGACUAUAACCAGAAUGUGUCCUUCUGUAAAAUCACAUUUAAUCACAUAAACUUCUCAGCAGGAGUCGUGAUGAUGUUCCAUCACUGAGGAAGUUAUUUGACAUAAUGUAGUUUGAUUUAUUCGCUUGUCGACAUUUUCAAAAUAAAAGGAAAAUAAAUCUU